GGCAAUGGUGGUGCGUGGUGGUGGGGUGUCUUUAUUAUAUUGAGAUUAAUUAUCAUAGAAAUACAGUCUUCUGGGGAUGUUUAUACAGUGACAGCAAAGCCUAGACGAUGCAAAUGAUUUUUGGAGAGAGAGUGAGUUUCUAGAGGGAAGACUUGAAGGUUUGAAGGGAGGAGACAUGCCCAAUUUCAUCCCAACAGCUGUAUUGCUUGCUGCUUCUCAUCUUAGCAGAUCCCAAAAGCAGCUGGAAGCUAAGUUUAAGAGUUCACCAGGCCGUUGCUGAGUAUCUGAAAGAUUUUGGAUCAUAGUUCAGAUGCUCUGAUAAAAUAGAUGGCUUUACGGGUUCAAAACCUCCCCAAGGGAAAGUUUGGUCAGAGUUCUAAGCAUUCCAUGCCCCAUGAUGCUGGUAGUUGUUCAUCAUGGAACAGUGUGCAUGAACACCAUUUUCCUGACACAUCCUUGAAAAAGUUGAGCUUGAUAGAGGAAUCUCCACCUAAAAACUGUCGAGAGCCAAAGCAUUUAGUUCUUCAAAUUCAAGACCAGGACCUGUCGUUGACUCAUUCAACUGGCCAAUUUCAACAAGAAAGAGCUGCUACGGGAAAGACCAAGACUCAUGAUCAAUGUAUUUGUGCAGAAUCUGUUCAAGAUGAAAGCUACAGACAGCGUGUGGAAGCCCCUAUGAAGCCUUUAUUUCUGAUGGACAACUCAGAAUUUGGCAUCAGUCAUUCACAAGUUGAUAUGAAUCCAUCUAUGACAAGAAUUCCUUAUGCAUAUGCUGAUCCGUACUGCAAUGGUUUAUUCACUGCCUAUGGACCACAGGCUAUGGUUGUGGGCAUAGCACCUGCACGGGUCCCAUUGCCUCUUGAUCUUGCAGAAGAUGGCCCCAUUUAUGUCAAUGCAAAACAGUAUAAUGGAAUCCUCAGAAGGAGACAGACACGUGCAAAACUUGAGGCUCAAAAGAAACUUGUCAAAACUCGAAGGCCAUACCUUCACGAGUCUCGGCAUAUGCAUGCAUUGAAUAGGGUUAGGGGUUCCGGAGGUCGCUUCCUCAGCACGAAAAAGUCACAACCCCCGGACCCUACUCCCACUAGCCCCCAUUGCGCUUCAGACUUGGCUCAAUAUGGUCGGAAGGGAAAUGCAUCAGAGGUCACAGUCAAAGUAGAAACUGGCAAACAUGAUGCUUCAAUUACUUCCCCCUUGGGCAUCAACUGUUCAACCAACAGUGAUGUCAUUUUCCCGCAGCUGGAUCGUAGGUUCUCGGGCAUCGCUUCUCAAAUGCAAGGCAGUGGGGGGCUUAUGUGCAACGAACCUCGGCAUUGAGCUCCGGUUGUCCGGUGAGAAGUGGAAACAAGCAAGAGACCAUGUCACCCGGCUGGGCAAUUCAUCCUUGGCUUUGUAACUUUUAUAUUGUGUUUUGUGCUUCCUUAUAAAAGGCAUAGAGCUGCUACUACGUACCAAACUACCAUGCGAUCUUCCACGUUCUUUGGGAUCGAUGUCAAACUUUUUCAACUGAUCUUUUAUUUGACUUUAUUUAGGUUAACUUGGUCUGCUUUGUUUCAAAUGAUUUGUCAGCUUAAAAAGCGUGUUGUACCGUAAUUUAACCUAUAUUUGUAAUUAU